AUGGUGAUUUAUUACAUCCUUCUUGCCGAUUUGAAAGUCGGGCACUACUCCAACACCAUUGAGGUUCAUUUACUGAGGUUUUGGGAGGCCAGAAAUGUGAGGAAAGGCGGUGAGCUCAUGAGUCUAGACAUGCUCCUCAUCAACGAGAAUUCGACGGUUAUUCAAGGUUUUGUUAAUGUGAACUGUCAAUUCAUGUUCAUGCAGCGUCUCAGCAAAGGGCCAAUCUACAAGUUGAGCGGGUUCAAUGUAACGCACAACCCCCCCCCCCCCAAUUUCCGGAUGUUGGAUGCUCCUUUCCCGAUUCGGUUCAAUAAUGGAACCUCUGUAGUUAAGAAAACAACAUUUAUUAGAUUCAUACCUACUGAACUUUUCAGAUUUAUACCCUGGUCUAAAGUAUAA